UGCUUAAGUUUCAAACGUUUGCAGAUAUGGCUUCUAAAGCAUUUUCACUCGUUUUAUUCACUCUCCUCCUUCUUCCUCUUCUUUCUCAUGGAACUUCAAGAAACACCAAUAACAAGAAAUCAUCACCCUUUGAUUUUCUCAAGCAUCUACAAGGAUGUCACAAGGGUGACAAUGUCUCAGGCAUCAAAGUCCUGAAAAGUUACCUUGAACAAUUUGGUUACUUGAAUUAUAGCCAUUCCAUAAAGCAAAACCAUGCCAAUGAUGAUGAUUUCGAUGAACUCCUAGAGUCGGCCCUUAAAACUUACCAGCUAAAUUUCCACCUCAACACCACUGGGACUUUGGAUGCCAAAACAGUAUCCAACAUGAUGAUGCCUCGUUGUGGUGUGGCUGAUAUCAUCAAUGGUACAAAUUGGAUGCGUUCAGAAAAUAAAAAACACGUACACAACCAUGGCUCUUUACACACUGUUAGUCACUAUGCUUUCUUCCCUGGAAAUCCGAAAUGGCCAGCUUCCAAGUACAGCCUUACCUAUGGAUUUCUCCCUGGCACCCCAACUGGAGCCAUGAGCCCAGUUGCACAAGCUUUUCAAACAUGGGCUGCCAACACACACUUCAAAUUCUCGCGAGCUCAAGACUACACGAAGGCAGAUAUCAAAAUUAGUUUCCAAAGUAGGAAUCAUGGAGAUGGGUACCCUUUUGAUGGAGCUGGUGGAGUCCUUGCCCAUGCUUUUGCUCCAACUGAUGGCAGAUUCCAUUAUGAUGCUGAUGAACAAUGGAGUGUGGGAGCUGUUCCAGGUCAAUUUGACUUGCAGACUGUUGCUUUGCAUGAAAUUGGGCACCUUCUUGGGCUCGAACAUAGCAAUGUUCAGGGGGCUAUUAUGUGGCCUAACAUUUCUCCAGGAGUGACCAAAGGUUUGGACAGAGAUGAUAUCAAUGGAAUUAAAGCCUUAUAUAAUUUUUAAGUGUCCAAGAUGGCGGAAUCUUCAGUUACGUACGUACUAAUAUAUAUAAAGAGAAUAAAACAUUUGCCAUUUACUGUCAAAAUAAAUCGUGAUGGUGCUACAAGGCUUACGCCAUAAUUAUCUGAUCGGAUUGAGGAUCCACUUUGUGUAACCUUUAUUAAAGUUGUGUUAAUAACUUGCAAUCAAAUGUUCCCUUUUUUUAAGACUCUCA